AAUCUCUCGUUAUUCUAGUCAUUCAGUCAUUCAGUCAUUCAGUCGUAGCGCAUCCAACUUGAGCACUGCACACACACACACAGUCCUCUUCCAUUUUUGCAUGACGGGCAACAGUCGCGAGUAUUCCAAACUCGCCUCCUCUGGCGAUGACCACGACGCCGAAUCAUCUGCCGUGUCCGCGUCGUCCGAGCGCCACGAGAGCCUGACUCUGCUGCCAUCAAAGUCGUCGUCGUCCGCUCUGCCGCAGUCCCAGAGCGCGUCUGCAGCAGGAGGUGCGUCGAACGGUAGCAGCAGCAGCCAGAGUGGCACGAGUGGCCACACGCGCGUGGCAGUCCCGUCGUACCAGCACAGCGGCGCUCUGAGCAGUUCCGCCGCGCACCACACAUCCCGCAUGACGUGCGGGCAGCGUCUGCGCUUGGCGACGCGCAACAAGCUCUUCCUUCUGUCAAUGGUCUUGCUUGUGUCGACAAUCACACUUGCUGCGCUGCUGGCCAACACGAUGAGUCGAGGCGAGUCGACCGCACCACGAAACCUCGUCGUUAUGAUUAGCGAUGGUUAUGGCCCGGCUCAGGCGACGAUGGGUCGAUUGUACUACAAUCUGGUGGUGAAGGGCCGGAAUCUGACCGACACCAACCCGUCAUUGCCGCUGCCGCUCGACACGUUCGCUGUCGGCGCCUCGCGCACCCGCUCCUCAAGCUCGCUUGUGACCGACUCGGCCGCGGGUGCCACAGCAUACGCUUGCCGCAAGAAGGCUGUGAAUGGCUACGUUGGUGUCGACAGCUUGGACAAACCCUGCGGCACGCUCAUGGAGGCUGCCAUUGCUCGUGGCAUGCGCACUGGUGUCGUUGUGACCAGCCGCAUCACGCAUGCGACUCCGGCAUCCUUCACCUCGCACGUGCUGGACCGCGACAACGAAGCGCUGAUUGCCGUUCAGCAGCUUGGCACGGGCGUUGAUUUGUACAUGGGUGGUGGUCGCUGCUACUUUACUCCCCAGUCCGCCUCUGGCUCUUGCCGGACUGACGACUUUGACGGUUUGCAGAAUGCCACUGCUCGUGGUUACCACGUUUUGUUGGAUCGAGCGGGAUUUGAUGCCGUGCGUCCCGUGGCCUCCAGCCUCCCAAUUCUUGGUCUCUUUGCGAAAAGUCACAUGAAUUACGAGAUUGAUCGCAACCCUUCCCAGCAGCCGUCCCUUGCCGAGAUGGUGACCAAGGCGAUUGCCAUUCUGGAGGACGCGACCAAAGACUCGGACCAAGGCUUUAUGCUGUUGGUGGAAGGCAGUCGGAUUGACAUGGCCGGACACGACAACGACCCCGCCACCGAAGUUCGUGAUAUUCUUGCCUACCAGGACGCGGUGCAAGUCGUCAAGCAAUAUGCUCAGAAAAACCCCAACACGCUCGUUGUUUCUACAUCGGAUCACGAGACCGGCGGAAUGACGCUCGGCGUCCAAACAGACUAUCUGGAGUACCCAGAGUACGAGUGGACGCCGUACCCGUUGCAGCGCCAACUAAACUCGACAGAGGUCUUGGCAAAGGCCAUCCGGAAGCUGUAUGACGAUGGCGGCAACGUGACCGACUAUUUGGUGAGCACAGUGUUGCCAGUCUAUCUGGGCAUUCCCAGCUGGACGGAGAGCGACAUCCAAGCUAUUCUGGACGGACUGCAGCUUUACAUUGGAAACGGCUCCGACUUUUACCUCAAGAAGCCAUUGAACAUUUUGGUGAGCAACGCUGCUGGUAUCGGCUGGACCACGCCAGGCCAUUCUGGAGUCGAUGUAAACUUGUAUGCCAUGGGAUCCUCUUCGUCCAAGAUUGUUGGAAAUCUUGAAAAUACCCAAGUUGGGCAGCUGAUUGAGGAGAUCUUUUCGUUCGAUCUGGACGCGAUCACGAAAAAAGUCGCGAACGUCGCGACUCAAUAAUCCAUCGAUGGCCGCCUGUACUGUUCUGUGGUUUUCAAAUGAAAAAUUAAACAAAUUUCAUCUGUUCCC